AAUAAAUUGAGUACACAAGCUCAAACUUUAAAACGAUAUUUACGAAAAGAUUAUGCUAUAAAACUUACUGUUAAUCCGUUAGGUCAUACUGUUCAUGAUCCUUGUAUAAGUCAUUGUUUACAGUAUGUAUUUAGUGAUUGUAAUCUAGUUCAUCCAGAAAUAUGUAAGAACUGUAAAAAAUUGUUUAUUCUUUUUGAUGAAAUAAAGACUAAUACUCCUACAAAUAUUCAUAAGAUUUUAAAUGAAUAUCAAACUAAACUUGUAUAUUUUCAAGCUCAUCAUGCACAGAAGACAUACUUUAAUGCACAACUAAGUGCUGAUCUUGCACAGCUUAGUUCGGAUGGUGCACUAAUAAUUGUUGAUUAUAAGAUGAAAAUUUUGUGUCAAAAAUCUCGAGAAACAAAAGCUGAGUUUUUUGGAUAUGAUAUCAAAUCAGGUGAGGAAAUACAGGAAGCAAUAAAAGACUUGGCAGGAACCCACGUUGCCAAUAUCAUACCUAAUCGUGAGGCAAAUUUCAAGUUAGGAACAAUACAUAGAAUCUCUAAUUGGCAUGAAUGGACUUGGCCAGAUGAGGAAGAGGAAGCUGGAUAUAUUUUGGCUAGAUCAUUACCACAACUAGGAUCAUAG